AAGGUUUCAAAGAAGAGAAAAGGGUGGUUUUGUGGUCCAAAUAGAGAUAAUGAGUUAGAUAUUUGACAGAGCAAUUUAUGACUUAAAGACUUCAACAUGAGCAAGAGUACAUGUCUCCAUUAGGGUUUUAUUUAACUUUUUCUCUGUUGUCAAGCAACUGGGUAUGUUUUGACUGUCCCUACUCAUAAAAUUCCAUAGACUUAGACACCCAACACUUUUAUUCCUUUGUAUGGCUUUUAGCUUCCUUGUGUUCAUACUGGAAAAAGGACAACCAAACAUAUAUGAUUAUCUAAACUGUUGUAAUGAAACACUAUUCUCAUUUUUUUUGAACAAGAAAUAAUGAGAGACUCUUCAAGAAUUGGAGUUAGACACUACAAGAAAUCUGAAGCUCCUAGGCUGCGAUGGACACCAGAUCUUCAUGAAUCCUUUGAGGAAGCUGUCGAAAGACUCGGCGGAAAACAUAGAGCUACACCAAAGAGAAUUAUACAGUUGAUGGGUGUGAAAGGAUUGGUGAUAUCUCAUGUAAAGAGCCAUCUUCAGCAGAUGUACAGAAGCAUGAAGAAAGGAACAAACAUUAAGUCUCUUUUAUCUAGGCGACCACCAAGUAAUGGAAGGACAGAUUUUAGUGAUCUCAACAGCUUUUAUCAACAAAAUGUUGUGGAAAACACUCACUCCAGCCCCAAGCAUACACAAUGCUUCUCUCUACAAAGGCCCUUAGGAGUUCAAUUGAUGACAUGGGAAUCUGAAAGGGCAGCUUCUGGACAUGAAAGCUUUUCGACAGAAAGCAAUGAAGUUCUCCUGACAAGAAAAGAAAUAGAAAAAGAUGAAAAUCAGCUUGCACAAAUGAUCUCAGUUGGUGGGAUAUCCAAGAGAGAAGAUAUUGGUCACCCAAUUGAUGAUCAAAACUAUGAAAUGACCUUAUCUUUCACUCCCUCCCCAUUGGAAAGAAGUGAAAAAGAAGGAGAAAUGUGGCCUUUGGAAGAAAAUAUACCUCAGUUCAAUAGUAGUAAAGAGAGAGAUAUUAUGGACUUUAAAUCCCUUGAGGAAAGCUGUAUAAACUUAGACCUAAACAUCUCAAUAGCCAUCUCCAACUCUAACUAGAAACUGAAACUAUAAAUUUGUGCACUUGUAUACUGUAAUUUGCUACUGGCACUCCUCAUAAAUUUUGUUCUCUCUUAUCACUAUUACAAUUUAAUUGAAAUUACAGCA